AUGAGUACCAGUACCGUCGCGCGUAGCAGGAACGACCACUCGUCGGCCGGACAACACGGGCGGGGCACCACGCGCCCCAUCUUCGGGGUGCUCACCCAGCCUGUCGACACUGAGGAGCGGUUCAUGACCUUCACCAAGGAGUACAGCGAGUACAUCCCGGCCUCCUUCGUACGCUGGCUCGAGUCCGGCGGCGCCCGCGUCAUCGCCAUCCAUUACGACACCGACGAGGAAGAGCUGCGACACCUUUUCGAUAGCAUCAACGGCUUGCUCUUGACUGGCGGUGAGAUCCUCGAUGUCGCGAACUCGACGUACGGAAUGACGGCCCGAAAGCUGUUCCAGUGGGCGAUGGAGUCCUACGACGCCGGGCAGGAGUUCCCGAUUUACGGGACUUGUCAGGGCAUCCAGCUGCUCUCCAUGCUCACCUCUGGCAACUCUGAAAUCAAAGAAGACUGCAAGGCCACGCUGGGCAUCUCGAAGCCGCUCCACUUCACCGAGCACGCGCGAGAGAGCAGACUCUUCAGCUCGCUCUCGCCUCAACUGUACGACAUGCUCGCCACCAAGCCCUGCGGCGAGCACCUGCACAGCUCCUGCAUCACCACCAAGGCCUUCAAAGAGCACAAGGGGCUGCGCGAUAUGUUCAACGUGCUGGUGGUGAACCACGACGCAGAGGGGUUGGAGUUCGUGUCGUGCGUCGAGGGCAAGCGGUAUCCGUUCUACGCCAGCCAGUUCCACCCCGAGCGGGCCGGAUGGGAGUGGAACGAGGAGGAGCAGAUUGACCACUCGCCCGAGGUCGUGCUGGCCUUCCAGCACCUGGCCUCCUUCCUCGUGUCGGAGGCCUGCAAGAACGACCACCGCUUCGUUGAUCGGGACGAGGAGGAACGGCGGCAGCUCUACAACACGCCGCCACACCUGGUCGCCACCCAGAAGGAGUCCAAGAUGUACGUCCAGACCUACUUCUGGAAGCACGGCGAGCGAUGCAAGUAA